AGGAUGAAUAAACAUUUUUUCGUCAUUUGUUUCUUAUAAUUGAAAAAAAGUGAAAGACAAGUAUUCAACGAUGUUGUUUAAAUAUUUUGAAGUAUUUGUUUUAUUACAAUUCAUCGUAUUACUAAAAGAAACAUUUUCCUGUGGUCAAAAAUCUAAAAAACCUCAAUUAAAUAGGGAAUUGAAUAAAACAUUUAGUCCGUCGUUAAAAAAGCUCGCUAGAAAAUUAAGUUUUAAAUCAAAUAGGGUUAUUGAUGCAGUAGUGAAUUACCCAUCACAAUUGUGUCAUCAAUCAAUUCGAACAAGUGAUUUUAAUUUCGUAGAACUCAAAAAUGAACAUUUCUUUCAACCAAUUGAUAUAGAAUAUUGUCAGUAUAAAUUCAAGCAUUUUGAAAAUAUAAAAUUCGAGGAACAAGAAAUUAAAAAUUAUUAUGAACCACGUAAUCUGUUAGAAAAAUUGACAAUACCCAAAAAAGUUGAUAUGGAUGAAAAGUAUAAAGGAACUACAUUUAAAACUGUGUCCUUAAUACUAACUAAUACAGAUGAAAAUCAUUUAGCUAUACAGAAAAUUGUUUAUGAGGAAUUUCUGAAAAGUACAGUUGUUAAUAACCUUAUGAAUAGUGAAAAUGCAAAAAAAAAAUAUCUAGAACAGAAAAUGUUAGAAAAUAAUGGUGUUUUGAUAGGAAAGUUAGAGUGGUUUGUAGUAGCACAAGCUUUUGACAUUUGUAUUUAUAUCUAUGACGAAUCUGAGUUCUAUUGGAUUUUAUUCGAUAAGAAUUGGCCAAAUUAUGAACAUCAAGAUAUGAAAUCGAAAAAAUGUAUUUAUUUAUUCGAAGCACAUUAUACAAGUGAUUUUUAUCCUGUUGUAGAUAUUUAUUAGUUUAAAAAUUAUAUCCUUUUUUUUUAUUUAACGAAUUAAUAUUUCUAUUCGUCAUGCAUACACAAAUAUAUAAAUUAAUAUUAAUUU